AUGUCUACCGAUAUAAAUAAUGAUGAUGAUUUUAAUGAUCAACAUCAAAUUAAUGAUGUUGAAUUACGUGAAUUAGUAUAUCAAUCACUUGAACGUGAUGGUUUAAUAACACAAUUAAAAGCACAAUUACGUGCUGCUGUUUUUAAAACAAUUGAAAAAGCAUCAAUUCCAUCGAAUAUACCAAAUAAAGCUGGUUAUGAAGGUAUUAAUGGACGAAUAUGUCGUGCACUUGUUCUUGAUUGGCUUGAACAUUCACGUUUAUUAUAUACAAAAGAUAUACUUGAAGUUGAAACAUCAGGUUCAAAUUAUCCAUUACCAUUAAAAUAUAAUGAAUUACUUGAAAAUUUACAUCUUGAUUCAAUAAAAACAAAUACAUCUCAACCAAUUUUACAUGUUUUACUUAAUAAUAGCAAUAAUCAAUCUAACAAAAUUAAUUUUCUACCUGAUCAUAUUAAACAAUCGAUUGAUAGUAAAUUUCCAAAUGAAAAAAUCAAUGAUAUAAAUCGUGUACGUGAACAUUUUCGUUCAUUAUUUUCAUUUGCAUUUGAUUUAAAUGUACUUGAUACAUUUUUUAAUAAAAAUCUUUCAUUAUCAUCAACAUCAUCAAUAUCUAAAAGUGAAUAUGAACAAAUUUGUUUAAAAUGGAUACAAGCAUGUGCAAAAGUACUUAUACCAUCAUCAAGUCCUGUUAAACAAACAUCAACGACUGUACCAAUUCAACCACCAUCAUCGCACAGUAUUGUUAAUAAUGGUCAAACAAUAACUCGAGCUCGUCGUUCAACAUCUCCACCAUCAGAAUCAAAUUCAUCAUCAUCAUCAUCAUCAGACAAUCCACGAAAAGAUAAUUAUGAUUUUCAAUUACCAACAAUAAUGGGUACAAAUAAAAAUAUUGUAAAAAAAAGUACAGAUAUUACUCCACCACCAUUACUCAAUUUUAAAAAUAAUAGUACUGCUGAUGAUGAUGAUGAUAAUACAACAUCUUCAUUAUUUUCUCAACGUAAUGCAACACCAGCUGCAUUAAAUCAUUUAAAAAAUAUUGAAGAUAUUAUUCGUGGUGAUGUGACACCACGUACAAGAACAAUCAUUAAAAAAACAUCUCUUACUGAAAUUACAAGAAUGUUAUAUGAAUCAGAUGAUGGUGCACAAUUACAAGAAGUUUUAUUAAAAAUGCCUUCCGAAGAAGUUAAUCGUCGUCCUGAUUGCUAUAUUAAAUCAGAUUUAUUAACAACAAAUACAAGAGAUGAAAGAGAUGAUGAUGAAGAACAAAUAAACAAAUAA